AGAACAUUCAGGCAGAGGCCCGUGUGCCAUCGAAGGCAAUUACAGAGACAGUAAAGUUCUUUUAUGCCAGGAAAAAUAAAAGGCUGGGUGUCUCACGAAAGUUGGGAACCUGAUUUCAAAAGCAUCAUGCAAAGAGGAAAUAAAAUCCAGCAUGGUUGACUGUUCUUCAGGAUAUAUUUGUCAAUGGAAUUUUUCCACAUGCCAUACUACCAACAUGAGAAAAAAAUGAUUACUGCUGAUUUAAAGCUAAAUGAAAUUUCAAAGGCCGGUUUUUCUCUUCUCAUUUUAGAAAAAAAUGAACAGGCGGAAUUGUUGGAUCUGUAAGACGUGCAGAGAUGAAUCGAAGAGGUCCCCUUCAAACCUUACUUUGGAGGAGAUGUUACAGUGGGCCCAGUCUUUUGAAAAGUUGAUGGCUACAAAAUAUGGUCCAGUAGUCUAUUCAGCAUACUUAAAAAUGGAGCACAGCGAUGAGAAUAUCAAAUUCUGGAUGGCAUGUGAAAGCUAUAAGAAAAUUGCUUCACGAAGGAGCAGAAUUUCUAAGGCAAAGAAGCUUUAUAAGAUUUACAUCCAGCCACAGUCUCCUAGAGAGAUCAACAUUGACAGCUCAACAAGAGAAAACAUCUGCAGGAAUAUUCAAGAACCCACUCAAACAUGUUUUGAAGAGGCUCAAAGAAUUGUGUAUAUGCACAUGGAGAGAGACUCCUACCCCCGAUUCCUAAAGUCGGAAAUGUACCAGAAACUUCUGAAGACUAUUCAGUCCAGCAGCAAUUCUUGA